AUGACACCAUCUUCUCAAAUCAGAAUCAAGACUAGUCGACAUGCUCGUUCUAUCAGCUUUCCAUCAAGAACCCAUCAGCUCAUUCCUCAGUUCGAUGAACACUUUAACAGACUCAAGGAAAUGGAGUCCACAUCUAGUUCAUUACCUUCUCUGGGAGAUAGGUUGAGUGGCCUUCAAGAUCUGUAUGUUUAUGCAUAUGACAUGAUACAUAUGCAAUCCUUGACAUUGGUUCAAGAAUCCAAUAAGAAACUAGCAGAUGAGCAACCAAGGACAUUUUCUCACAGGCCAAGUGCGAUGUGCAAGAGCUUCUAUCAUCUCUCCAAAGAAGUAACUGUUGCAUCUGGGAAGUAUUUGGCUUCCAGAAGGAAGGACAAAAAGGCAAUUCAAAAGGCUUUACAGGGUCUCACGAAUGUCAAGAUCUCCAAAAGAGCUGAUCAAUUGGAAGCCAUUGGUUUAUUCAACAGUGUCCAAUCUCCCACAAUUUCUGUACUUGAAUCAUCCUUGACUUAUGUUAUGGGGACAAGGGCACGCUCAAGCUUGGUCUCGAAGCUAAUCCGCAACGAAAGCAAGGACACAAACAAAAAUAAAUUUGACCAAAUAAAUGAUGCUUUGGGAGUGCUGGAUAUUGAGAGCAUCCAGAGACUUUUGGAAGAGAUGGAAUUCAAAAUUCAAGAUAUUGAAGAAGGACUAGACUACUUGUUCAAACACUUGAUCAAGACAAGAGUUUUGCUCCUUAAUAUGCUUAGCUACUAG